CAUACGCGCUCCUACGCGCUUCGCUGGCCGAGCGCGCGCUUCUGUCGCUGAGCGUCAGACGGGUGCGCCGAUCGGCGCGCGCUGCCAAAGUUUUCUCGCCGCUGCAGGACGCUCGUCGGUGGGCCGUCAGUGCGAGCGGCGCGUGGCCGGCGACCGCGCUUCGCUCACAAGCUGGGGCCCGUUUUGACCGCCGAGACCGGAGCAGCGCGGUGGAGCCUUGGACGAAAGAAAUGUAUCCCAUCCUUUCCUUCAUCGUGCUUUACGUCCUCGCAACGAAUAGGGCAGCCCACGGCCUGGACUGCUUCAAGUGCGUGUCGCUGGAUCGUGAGAACCCGGCGUGCGAGGACCCCUUUCACAACAACUACACGGCCGACCUGCUCGAGUCGCCCUGCAUGUCGUCGCGAAAGAAUCGCAACGGGCUCUUCCCCGCCACCGCCUGCAUCAAGCUCAACGGCGUCUACGAGGAGACGGGUCAGACAAUGGUGGUGCGCAGCUGCGCCCUCGACAGCGGGACGCUGACCGUGGACACGGAGAUCGUGCGCAUGAGUCACUGCGGCGGCUUCUACUUCGAGGACCGCUACGUGCGGGGCUGCCUGCAGAGCUGCUUCGAGGACGCUUGCAACGCGGCCGGUGGCGGCCCUCACAGGCGCCCGCUGCUCACGCUGGCCGCGCUUUUCCUCGCCUCAGCCGCCACGCUCGGCUUGGCCCGCUGAUGAGACGCCUGGGCGAAGGCCGCUGCCAAGGACUUGUUGUUGGUCGUCGGCUACAGGCCUGCAUGCAUGUGUGCGCGCGUGCGUGUGUGUACGCAAUUCAGCGUCGUGUGGGGGACUCCCAUGUGUGGAUGGAACCAGAAAAUAAGCGCGGUGUGCUCUCCUUGCAGACGCAUCCGUGCAUCCUAUAAAGUGCGCGUGAAGAUGAGUGGUCCCGAGUGCCGUCGGUGGUUGACAUUUACGUUGUGAUUAUCUUUUUCUUGUUGCACGUGGGUCAGCCGCCUACUGUAUCGUCGCUUGUGCUGUAUACUGUUUUAUCUGCUGUUGCGAGAAAACAGGAGCGAGGGGAAGGACAGGGAAGUCAUAAACAUGGGAGUAUUUGGUUCGCUACCCUGUGCUGGGGGAGGGGAAACGAGGUAAAAAGAGCAAGAAAUAUGGAGAUGGUAACUGUUGAAGGCCCGUGCAAAGUAUAUACUAUUUGGGUGGUUGCUGCGCUGCUGUCCAUCGCCCUGUGUCCUGUGUAAAGGCUAGCGCUCCAUCGAGACCUUCUGAGCCUUCACGGCUAAGCGCAGCCAAUCGACCGGCUAUUUAGCUGAGUCGGAGUCACUGAGCAGCAUCUUGUCAUCAGAGCGUACUGUGAUGUCCGAUAGGAGCCACACCGGCCGCAUUUUCUCUGUGUUCGAUGAAAAUUGUUUUAAAUAAAUAAAAAAGAACAUUAAAAUUAACCGCAAAAGCAAACAUUAAGCGCACGACAUACGUUAUAACCAGUGAUUAAUAAUACGGUAUUUACGGCUAUUCUGCUUUACUAUUAUUCGCAUUACCAUUGCAUAAGGCCCAUAUACAAGCAGAAGCGCCGCAUUCUCAAACCAAACAAAACGUCCCAGCGUCACUUGAGACCUUCCGUGAAGGUAGUGCGCCCACGUUUAUAAAUAUGAGCUGUGCCUUUAGCUGUAGCAAAGGCUCUAUAAACUAGAAAGCGCAAAUUAAACCAAAUUAUGUUCAGGGGGCAGCAAAAGUUUAGAGACAUUUCGGAGCCGUAAAACAUAAAAUCGCGGCAAAUAACUUAGGAGCUCCACUUGUAUCGUUAAAAUCGCGCAAGAAAAAAUGUGAUCCCCUUGAAUGAAACACAAGUCCUUAGCCGUGUUACGCAGGCGUUCGUGGAGGCCUGAAGGAAGACCUUAGAAACUGCAAGUCGUAUACUAAGGGGCAGAGCUCACAUUUCUUUAAUGUAUUGCGGCCCUCUUUACCCAAAUGACCUUACGUCAUGGUAUCGUCAUAAUUAAUUCAAGGCGAUUUUAGAGGCAACCGUACGACCGAGACAACUGAAGUUGUGCUGUGCGGGUGCUUUCUGAGGGCGCUCUUCUAUGUCAAAGCCAUAUACAUGCUCCAGUUAAAAAGCACAACCUCGCUGGUAGCCGUAUUUGUUACUUACUGCAACGUUGUCGUCCAUAGACAUUUCCUCCUUGUGAUCGACUAGAGACAGGACUGUACUGACUGCGACAAGUCAAAGGCCUGUAAACGAAGCCAGUCAUCUGAGCCUGCCGCUGCUAAAGAUAUGGGCCGGUAUUCAUAAAAGACCUCUUACGCUAGCGUUGUUCACAGGAAAAACUUCCAGCCAAUCUCCUGAUGCUGGACAUAUCAUUAGUGAAGUCGAUCGGCUAAUGGCAAAGAACACGUGUACGAACGAAACGCUUUGUGAAUUCGACGCCUGAACAUUCUUCGCCGUGGCGGAUAAUACAUUGUUCGGGCAAUGGUAGCAACAUGCGAGUAUAGCAGGGGCGCACUCGUAACCUUUUAUCCCAAAAUAAGCGAAAAGCUUCGCAGCGUUACGCAAUGCGUCAGACGCGCCAGAUGUGAUCGAGAGACAGUCACUAAGACUCGACUAAUUUCCUGCGUGUCCGACUGAGCUCGUGCACGAUCAGUCAGCAGAGGAUCACAGACGUCUCGCGGAUGCAGACACUUUUUUGCUGCGCUGGCCUGAUCUAAGGCUCUAAGGGUCAAUGACCCUUACAGCCUUAGAGACCUGUGACAAAAGGCCAAAGGUCAUGGGCAAUGUUGUUCCGGUUUUUAAUUAAACGUGCACCGUGCUCUCGCAUUUCCAUAAAUGUUUGCGUCGAAGUGAGGAACAUCGGAAGAUCCUCGUCCACACCUUCUAAAGUACACACACGAUCAAGCCAAAUUAUUAUUCACCGUUAGCGAGAUAUAUUCGGCUGGGCAGAGUUUCGUUACAGGGUAUACGACAGAAAGUAACUUCUUUACAUUGCCAGACAUGGGGUUCGAAUGGUGGAAACGGAUUUAAGCACGACUGGAAUGAUUUGUUGCAGCGGCACCGAGACAGGCUGAAGGCGCUUAAUACCUGCGUCUGCACUUCGCGUUUGUGAAUAAGAGGCGUCAUACAAUCAGCGCAUAAUGCGAUUCCAUGACAAAGUACGGUAUGACAAUUCAAUGAAAGUGAUGACAGCGUAAAGGUGCUCUGGCAAGGUAAAAAAAAAAAGGACGCUUGCGCCAUGUUAAUGCGGCGGAGCGCGCAUUGUUGUGCGCCGCACGAAGCUGUUACCGAUUUGCCCAGUGAGUCGCAGGGUCUUUAUACCCUUUGUCGCGUUAUACAUGCGUAGCUGACGUUUUCUACAAGGGGCCCCGCUAAACAAGGCUAGUUUCAUUCGUACUUAUUACACCGUCGCUUGUACUGUUGUGCCACCCCAUAUGUGAUUAAGCCGUCUACGUAUAGCUCUCGCUAUUACGCCUUCACCUGUAUAUGUUGACCAAACAUAAAAGCAAGUGCUUAUUUUCGCUAUUCCAAAUACUGUAAUAAAAUAAAACGCCAGCUGCAUUGUGUCUUCACGCGAAAAUCUUUGUUGUCACACUUGAAGAGCUAGGUAGACCACCGAUGUGUGGCGCAUAACUCCACCACGCCAUGUACCAGAGAUGAGGCGGCGCUAAAGUUGCCUGAAAAUUUACUGCCGAUGCUGACCGUUCUUUGAACGACGCGAAAUGUUAUUCUGCGCUUGUCGCACUAUACCGUGCAUCAAAGGCUAUAGAGACCAAGAUCGAUGUGAUAGUAAUGGGCAGCUGCGGUAAAAAUACGACAGACAUGUGAGCAGCGAACGGAAUGCGCAUGGUGUGCAUUCAAGAUUUCUGAAGCGGUAGUCUCCGCAGCACCGAAGCCCCGGAACAAAAUGUUGCCUCCCUUUCUGAAAAUGCAACGAGAAAGCUAGCAGGAAGUCGUCUCCUCUACCCGGCGCUCCUUUGCAGAGAAGCUUGCUUGCGGUGUUGCAAACAUUCGGUUUUCCUCAUUCGAACAUGCAUGGAGCCCGAGAGUGAGGCCAAAGGACUGAAGCAACGGUUUUCUCCACAACGCGUCCAAUUGGCUGAAAUCAAAGGGAUAUGUACUGUAGGAGGGGCCACCCAAAAUAAAGCGAAAUAGCGCUGCGCUGGGCGGAACUACCACGUGGUACGCAUUUCUCCUGCUCGCCAUGCGUCGGGCAACUCGUUUUGAGAUCAUUGUACCCAGUGGCGUCUCCCGGGAAUGUGUACAGCAUUUUCUUCGCGAAAAGAGUUUCGCGCGCUUCUCGUUUGUUGUGAUUGCCAAUUUAAGAGAAACAGCGCGCGCCUGUGAAAUUGUGUUGCUCGGGAAAAAAAGCCGCAGAAACUGUUGAGAUUUUAAACACUGCUUUCAAGAACGAUUGCUAUAGUAAAAACUCGAGUGUACGUGGGGUUCUCUCGGUUCGAAAAAGGGGAAAAUACUGAUUCAUGACAAAUCUUGUUCUGGACGUCCGUCAACUUAACAUGCAAAUGAAAAUGUCAAAAAAAUUCGUGCUCUUGUGCUUGAAGACCGACGACGGACCAUUGAAGAGCUGCGGAACUUAUCUGGACUAUCUUGGAGCUUGGUUCAGCGAAUUUUAACAGACUAUUUGGGACUGGGAACGGUCGCUGCGAGAUUUGUGCCACGAAUUCUGACAGAUCAGCAAAAGGUCGUCGAGUGGAAGCAUGCCGUGCUUUGAAAGAACAACGCCAAACCAAACUAGACUUUCCUUCCAAGUUGAUUAGUGGUGACGAAACUUGCAUGACGCUAUUUUUAAGGCCUUGAAAUUAAACAUCAGUCAAGUCAGUGGAAGACGCCAUUGUCACCCCGUUCAAAAAAAGUACGUCAAGCGAAGUUAAGCAUCAAGACCAUGCUCGUUUAUCUCUUAUGUGAGUGGGAUAGUGCGUUCGGAGUUAGUUCCGCCAGAUCAGACUGUUAUUCAAGCUUUCUAUUUAGAAUUACUGAAAGUAUUGUGCCAGAUUGUGCGACAAAAAAAAAGGCCUGUUUUCUGGCAGUUGGGAGACAGAUUUUUCCACCAUGACAAUGCACCAGCUCACGCAGCCAUCUCAGUGCGCCAGUUCUUGUCAAAAUAUAACAUGACUCCGUUGCCCCACGACCCUUACUCACCUGACCCCGGGCCGCGCGGCUUUCUUUUUUCUUUUUUUUCACGAAUAAAGAGGAACAUGAAAGGACGGCGAUUUGACGACAUAGGAAAGGUGAAGAAAAAACAAGAUAAG